CCGGAACCGGAACCGGGCCGGCACGUGCCGGGGUCACCGCGCCGCUUCCGGGGCGACACUUCCGGGUCCGCCAUGGCGGCACUUCCGGUGUGGACGGGGCCUGUACCGGAAGCGCGUGCGGGAGAGGCCGCGGGACGCUCCGUGAUCUCCUCGGGAUCCCCCCCCAGGAUCCCCCGACACCCCCGGGGCCCCGCGGCCGCCAUGGCCGGGCAGGCGCAGGAGCCGGUGACCUUUGAGGAUGUGAUGGUGUUCCUGAGCCGGGCCGAGUGGGACGUGCUCCCGGAGCGGCGGCGGCAGCUCUACCGGGACGUCGUGUCGGACACCUACGAGCUCCUGACCUCCCUGGGUUAUCCAGGCCCCAAACCCGACGUCCUGCACCGGCUGGAGCGUGGGGAAGAGCCGUGGAUCUGCCCACCCCCAGGACACGCUGGGAGCUGCCUGGAGGAGCCUUCCUCUGGCUGGUGGCCCGGAGCCAGCAGAUACCAGGGGCUGGAAACCUCGUGUCCAGCAGGAUGGAGCACGCUGUGGUGUCUCCAGGACAGGGAAUUCCAGAAGAAGUUUGGCUGUCAAGAGGGAAGGAGCGAACUCCCGUCGGAAGCGGACAGUGGAGUUGGGAGCCAAACUCAGGCAUGGUUUGUGAAGGAGGAGGUGGAGGAUGAACCUGAACUCACAGAAGAGCUAACCCAGAGCUCGACGUUCCUUCAUUCUCUGACGGAAGAGCAGAGCCUGGAUCUUUGGGAACAACUGUGGGAUGACUCUGGGGAGGGGAAUCCCAGGAACACCCAAAACCACGGACACACCUUGGGAGAGGCAACGCCUCUCCCAGGAACCUGCGAGCUGAGGGUGGAGGACCUGAGAGCGGCGGUGGCAAAGGACCACUGCUACUCCCUUGGGAGCAAGCCGGGAAUGGCCUACGUGCCCCAGCUCUGCUCCCUGCAGGAACACAACUACUGCUGGCAGCGCUGCACCUGGAGGAGCCGCAGGACCGGCGCCGCCUGGGCUGUGCGUCGCCGGCUGGCGCGGCGGCGAUCCCGCUGCGGCAGGACGCUCCGGAGAGCCAGGGAGAUCCUGCGCGGCUACCGGCCCUACUGGAGGAGGCGCUGCUCCGGCUGCCGCGGCGCGGCGCAAGGGAGGAACCCCGGGGUUCAUCCUCUGACGGAUGCGGCCGCGCCGUGCGAGCUCCAGAGCGCCAGGAACGCUGAGGGGGUGGCAUCAGACGCGCCGUGUGCCCCGCUGGGGGUUUCAGGAACAGGGGCUUCACCCCCUGCCCUAAUCCUGGCUGCAGGGGCGAGGGAGGGAACGAAGCCUCUGGAGGAUCCCGGUGCCAGCCGGGAGCUUGGAGGGCGCGUGGAACCCCGGAAAUCCCAGGGGAUGUCGCUCCAGGGCGUGUUCCGGGACGUGCUGGGGGCGGUCAGGUACAUAUUGGACUCCAUGUGCCAGAAGUUUGAGCUCCAGGGGUUCUCCCAAGGGAAGAGCAUCUGGCCCAUCGUCAUCCAGAUCGAUAACUUGAGGGAGAUGGGGAAGCCCUGACUCCCAGGAGGAAACUGGGAUUGGAUUCCCUGAGGCACAACACUCAAUCUCCCCCAGUCCUGGGGGCAUCAGGAGGAGAAACGUGGCAGAGGUGGAUCAGAGGAGGUAAAACUGGGAAUGUGGGACCUGCUGUGAGCUGGGAUUGAUUGAGAGGCUUUGGAGAAAAGCAGUGGGAAAGGGGAGGAUCUGUGUGGCGCAAAGGAGGAAAGAAGGAAAAGUGAGCAUGGGAUCCUGAAAUCCUGGAAUGGCUUGGAUUAACCCUGGAAGGGUUAAAUCCAUGUUUGAAAACCGACCAGGCUGUGCUCCUGUCACUGCAACUAUGAGAAAACCAAAAACCCUCCAACAACAUUCUUAGUGUUAGAGAAUCGAGGCAUUUCUUUAUUUCUGGCUGGAAUGUGUGUGCAGCAAAAAUCAUUCCAUGUCAGGUGAGUUUUAUUCCAUUUUCCCCAAACAUUAUCCAGUCCAAAACCCAUAAAAAUCUGUUGGUUCAAUGCUCGUUGGUCCCAAAUUGCAGAGUUCUCAGAAUUUGGUUUCUUACCCGACCGGGAUUUCUUUGCCUCUGAUAUUAAUUAGUUCCUCACUAACUGAUUUAUUUAUCAGCCUUUUCCAGACCAGGGGGAAUCUCUGGGGUUAGAUGUUUGCUGAUGUUUGUUGACGCUCAUUAAUUUUUUCGGUGUUUUUUGGGCUAUUCCCA